GUAAGAACACAUCAUCAGAACGAUUACGACCCAUAGGGGUUUGAUUUGAUGCGGUUUUGGUUAAGUUUCAUCAGGCUCUUGGUUUAUAAGCUUGGCCCAAACUAGAUUUGUGGAUGUAUUAGAGAGAGCUUCAAUCAGUUAGAUAUAAAGAGAAUUGGUUAUUGAGUUAGUUCUGUUGAUUAAAGUUGGACAGAAGCAUAUGGCUUAUAAACUCAAUAAAAUAACAAAAACCUAAUGCCACAAGUCAAGUAUGGAGGAGUUGGUGGAGGUGGUAGCAUUAGGUAGAGAAUUGACCAAACAAGCGAACUACUCAAGCGACAUUGUUUCUUGCUUCCUCAACUUUGCUAUAUCCUUCCUUGUCUUGAAGUUUCAAAAUUUUCAGACACCAUUGCCAAAACAUGAAAGCUGCACCGCAGUUGGCACGAUCUUAUCCAUCCGAACAAAAUUCGCAGGGAACUGAUACGUACGAAACUAGUCGCUCGGAAUGGCAGAGCUCAUCUGCUAUUCUUACAAGCAAGGUUGUGUCUCAACAGCAGUCCGAAACCUUACCAAUGCCUCCAGUUUCUGUCGGAGUUGAUCAUGUGAACUGUCAUAACAGCACUGCACGUGUCUCACAUCAUCAGAAGCCUCUUACCGUCAAUGAUCUCUCCCCGACUCCCAUGCACGGAUCUAACCUACGCGUCGCGUAUCAAGGCGUUCCCGGAGCUUACUCCGAGGCAGCCGCAGGUAAGGCUUACCCUAACUGCAAAGCUAUCCCUUGCGACCAGUUUGAAGUUGCGUUUCAAGCGGUAGAGUGCUGGACCGCUGAUCGCGCGGUUCUACCGGUUGAGAACUCUCUCGGCGGUUCUAUCCACCGUAACUACGAUCUUUUCCUCCGCCACCGUCUUCACAUCGUCGGAGAAGUCCAUCUCCCUAUCCACCACUGUCUCUUAGCUCUUCCCGGCGUACGCAAGGAGCUCCUCACGCGCGUGAUCUCACACCCUCAAGGUCUCGCUCAGUGCGAGCGCACACUCACAAAGCUCGGUCUCAACGUCUCCCGCGAGGCCGUGGACGACACCGCGGGAGCCGCUGAGUUUAUCGCCGCCAACAAUCUCCACGACACGGCGGCGAUAGCGAGCGCACGCGCCGCCGAGAUUUACGGGCUGGAGAUUUUGGAAGACGGGAUACAAGAUGACGCGAGUAACGUGACGCGCUUUGUUAUGCUGGCGCGUGAUCCAAUCGUACCGAGAACUGAUCGGCCUUUUAAAACGAGCAUCGUCUUCGCGCAUGAGAAAGGCACUAGCGUGCUGUUCAAGGUACUUUCUGCUCUCGCGUUUAGGGACAUCAGCUUGACGAAGAUUGAAUCUAGGCCGAAUCACAACCGUCCCAUCAGGCUUGUUGAUGAUGUGAACGUAGGGACGGCGAAGCAUUUCGAGUAUAUGUUUUACGUUGACUUUGAGGCGUCGAUGGCGGAGACGCGUGCUCAGAACGCGCUCUCGGAGGUUCAGGAGUUCACGUCGUUCUUGCGGGUGUUGGGGAGUUAUCCUAUGGAUAUGACUCCUUGGUCACCAUCAUCCUCAACAUCACACACGGCUUCAUCGUAAAGAAACAAUACAAAUGGAAAUGUAAACAUGUUGAAACCAUAAGAUAUAUAUAAACAUGUUACAUGCAAACCCUUUUCUCAAAAGAGCGUUGACACGUAUAUAAAACAUCAUUUUAAUGUUGUUGAUUAUAAAAAUCAAAUACAAUAACAUAUAAAAGAUUCAAACAAACAUGUAUAUCAUUGAAUUGUAACUAUAUGUAUUAAUCUACCUAACUUAUAAAUUUUAUAAAUAAACAGACUAUUAUUUUUCCACAUGUUUAAAAUAACAAUUUUUAAGAGUAUAAAAAAUAUCACUAAAUACAAAAACAAAUAAAUAGAUAAAUAAUUUAUAUUCCCCACGUUGAAUUCAUCUGAGAACAAUAUAUUAAAAGAAAAUCCAAGCUAAUGUCAAAAUUAAAUUAGAAAAUAGUUAUAAUAAAUAUAAACAAUUACGCUGUCAUGAAAAAGAUGAUGGUACAAUAAAUAUAUGAUUGGGAUAUUCUCUUAAAAACAUAAAAUUAUAUUUCAUCACAAAAUAUCAUCAUUAGGUAAAAGAAAAAAAAACAAAGCUAUUUUUAAUGAAGAAUACAUUAAAUAUAAUUAAAAUAUUAAAAUAUUAAAA